UUCACUAUCGGAGUAUCGGUACCACUGUUGGCUACUAAUAAAAAAGGUAACGUUGUUUUCUCAGCUGGAUUUCAAUUUAACUAUGCUCUGCCGUGGAAUUUAACUCAAUUACAAUCACCGAGUAUUAUUCCCUCACGACACACUGACGAUUUCAAUUUAAAUAAUAUAUAUUUGUCUAUUGAAAAUUUAUUUGAUAGACUCAAGUACUCUCUUUAUCUUACUUGUCCUAUCCACAGCGUAGUUGACGUCGCUGAAACGUUGUCGCAGUGUCAUUGUUGUCAUCGGUCCUCAUCCUCCUUUUAUAUCUUCUUGUUCUUGUUCUUGUUCUUCUUUUUCAGCUCGUCAUCUUGCUCGUUGUCUCGUCAAGAUGAGCCACUAAUUAUUUGCCACUCAGUGUACAACUGGAGCGACGGUCGACAGUGUCUUUUAAGAAGUAUUUGCGAGCUUGCAGAAACUCCAUUGAACCGAGUAAACACCGACGUUCUCGUAGAUGUUGUUCAUUUAUUACUGACACCAUCGGAAGACUUACCGGAGACGGUUAAUUCAAGCCACCGUUCUAUCGACAAAUUGUACCACCGAGCCGAACUAUUGGGGAAAUCUGGUGGUGAUUGUGCCUCAAGUUAUCCCGGUUGCGCCGAAUCACCUCUCAAGUACUUCACCCAAAUUGAUAAAUAG